GGUGGACUUCUCAAUUUCCCAAUCCGAAGAACAAAGAGAAAAAACAGAGCAGAAGCUUCCAUGGAUUCCUCCAUAAUACUACAGUGUUAGCUUUACAACAAACAAUUCUCGAAAGAAUACCAUAAAAACUAAAAACAUUUCCACCAUCUCAUCGGGUUUGCGAAUUUGGAAUCCAUGGCACGAGCUCGCAAUUUACUUGUUGCUGCUGGUUUAGUUGCUUUUGCUUCAGCAGGCAUGGCUUUUCCAUUCUACAUGGCUUCGUCGAAGAAACCGGUUAUUGAUCCAACAAAACCGCUUUCGCCACAAGCUACUUUUCGAGGACCUUAUAUAAACACAGGUUCGCGCGAUGUUGGUCCUGAUCAUGAGACUUACCAAAAGAAGUGAACUAGGUUGUGAAUUUGUUUGGCCCCAAUUGAGAUUAAGUUCAUGUUAUAUGAUUAGUAUAAGUGGUUUGAAUUUUUGUAAAAUUAGUUUUAUAAUGUAUGCCAUUUUUAAUAAAAAGAUUAAUGUUGUUAGUUAAAUAUGACAAUUAUACCAAUUUCAUUGAUAUAUAGAUGAAUGUUGUAUUGCUUGUCUGAAUAGUUAAGCUCUUUGGGAAAACCUGAGUCAAUGGCAAUGUGUAGUUUUGAUUCCUCUGCAUUUGUAUCUAUGUUGCGAAAGGGUAACAAUCAACAGGAAAGUAUAGAUUUUGAUGAAACUUAUGCUCCUCUUGUUAGAUUAGAAGUCAUAUGAAUGCUUUUAACUUUCUCAUGCAUCAUGAAUUUCAACCACUUGGCCCAUGAUUAACCAAGAUAAGUGUAGAUGAAUGCUGUUUUACAAAUGGUUCUGCGGGCUGGAGAAUGAUUUCCAGAGAUUAUGCAGGGGCUGUGUUUGCUGCAGCCACAAGAUUGAAGUAUCUCGCACCUUUCAUUGGCAUUAGGGCUUAAGGAGCAUCACAUGCCUAACUUGAGAAUUGAAUUUUAUUCUAUUAGGCAUAAGGAGCAUCACAUAGCUAACUUAAUUAUUGAAUGUGAUUCUGAAUGUAUGGUUAACUAACCGCCUUAUGUACUGUACUGUAUUGAUCUGCUUAGUCAAUUAUAGAAUACCACAUUUAAUACUUUGUUGAAUUAGAAGGGAGAAAAUGUUUGAAUGAUAUUCUAGUUGGUGUGGCAUGAAAUGUAGGAAGUAGAGACAGGUUUAUCCAGUUUGUUGUAAUGAUAUUCUUUCAAUCUAAAGAAAUUGGGUUUGCUGUAAAAUUUAAGUGUAGUUUAGGUUCAGAUUUGUAAAUUUGAUUCUGCACAUUCAAGAUAAUUUUAUUGAAUGUAGUGUUUCUAAAUUUGAUUCGUAAAUUUAACACAAAAA